CUCCUUUGUCCAAUGGGCUUUCCCAACCACUCCAACUCACCAAAAGCCACUCCUUUUGUAAGAAAUCCAUUUCAGCUGAUUUGAGACAUCUUCACACACACACCCAUACCAUGCUGCUCUGGAAGAUCUUUGACCUCCAGCAGUGACUGUUCAGGAUGCAAAGGUGUUGCAGAAGGUAGGCAAGGGCAAGAAAAUCCCCUAUUUCUCUGUAUCUUGCCUAGUGUAAUUUGCAUUUAAAAGUAUCAUUCUGGGCAGACUCCUGCCUGAGAAAAUAAAUCUUUAAAUGUUUUCCCCCUUGACACAAUAUGCAACAAUUUGUUGCGGGUCCUCACUUGUCUAAACUAAUAGUAAACUCAGUUCUCCGAGCGCUGCUCCUUGUGUAGCCAGAGGAACGAAGCAGCAGCCCCAGAGUUUGCAGAAGUACAAUAUACUUUGGUAGGGAAAGCCAUAGGAGUGGAAUCCUUCCAAAAACAGACCAAUGAGGAUUAAAGAUGCUUGUAAAAAUGGACAUAGGAUGCUGGCUGACUGCUGUAGGAAAGGGGGAAUGGAAAACGAGGGGAGGGGGAAUAGAAUGGACUAGCUUAAAACAUGAACACGAGCACACUGUACUGCACUAUUUGGUUGUCAGUUCCACUUGUAGUGCUAUAUACAUGCUAUAGAAUAUGCGGCUUUAAAAAAUUGCCCUUAGAACAAUCAAGAUCAAGUCUGGUCCCUGUAAUAUAACACAUAAUCUUGGCCUGAGAUAUGGAGAUGCCACAUCAAAGUAGAAGCUGCACAACUAUUAAUAUUCAAAUCUCACGAAGCCAAAUUAUUUUCUUCCUUGAAUUUGCUUAUCACAUAGAAAUGCAAGUGGCGCUGCCUGGCUAUGCAGUGAUUCAAAACAACUCUGACUAAAUAACAUUUUAUUUUGAAAACAAGGGAUUGUUAAAGUUGGCAUUUAACUUCUCGUUUUAAUCUUUGAGCUCCUGAGAGCUGUUGUAGUAGCUAGGAGUUUGACCCCAGAAAUCCCCAUUUCAGAAGCUAUCUCACUGUAACAGCCUUAGGUAAGCCACCACACUCUCCCAGCCUCAGUCACCCAUCAGCAAUAUGUUAAUAAAAACUGGUCUACCUUAUGGAGUUGCCCCAAGGAUGACAGAGAUAGUGAGUGUAUAGAAAGUGUUUGAAAAUUAAAGCUCAAAAUGUACUGCAUAAGCAUUAUUACCUGCAUUCAUUAUGACCUUUCAGGAUCAGAAACCAACUGUGAGUGCUCUAAAGACAAACAAAGCCAUUUCACUUAUUUUGUUAACAAUCUAGCAUUUUCCUCCUGUUAAAGAAAAUGGCACUUGAUUUGUUACUUAUCAGUUUAAGGUACCUGUAUACUGCUUUUCAAGCAAACCUCACACAGCAGUUUACAAAAGAUUAUUUAUGAGCAUUGAUUAAAAAUAUGAUAAAACUGAAAGACUAUGAUUUUAAAAAGCAGAGUGAACAGACUCUGUUUGCAUGCUGGCAGCUCUUUUAGAUGGCUAACUUAACUACAAGAUAACAAACUCUACAGUAGAGUAACACUAGGCUAUGUUUGCUGCAUCAUGAACAUGUAAGCACCUGCCUCUCAUUGAAGAAUGCUCUCUGUAAGGCACACAGUCUAUCCAGCCUCCCUAAUAAAAAAACAGAGAGAGAUGGUUUUGCACAGUCUGGCAGAGGAUUGUGCAAUUCUGAGAUUAGUGGCUAGAACAAAACUGGCAGAUGGAGUUGCAUUCUUUUUACCCAAUGGCUUUCUGCAAAAGCACUUGUUUAGGACCCAGUGGAAAUGCUGCCAGAUAGGACUAACUUCUUCAUGAGUAAUGGCCAAUCCCUGAGCAGCAAGGAAAGGAAGAGCUCUGAGUAGGAAGCCCUGGAAAGCAGGUUUAAAAUAUUAAAGCAGAAAAGCAGUUUUCUUUCUAACAAUGAUCACACUGAUAAAUGUGAGAUUCUGGAGAUGCAGCUGAUUCAAUGUUUAUACCAGCGUGUACUUACACGGCAGGCGGUUACGGGACUGAAGGAGAGUGGAGCAGUGAUUCCCACGGAAUGCCUUACAAUUUUGCAAAACUAAUUUUGCUGAUCUUUUGUUUGUUCUUCCUUGUGGAGAGCAGAAAGCACAGGAAAAGGAGAUGGACAGGACAAGUAGAGCUGCCGCAAAUAAGUCACAUAUAUAAGAAGAACCACGACAUGACCAAAACUCGGACAGGAAAAAGUGAACAGCUCCUGAGGGUAGAUGACCAUGAUUUCACCAUGAGACCAGCCUUUGGAGGCCCUGCUAUUCCUGUCGGGGUGGACGUGCAGGUUGAAAGUUUGGACAGUAUUUCUGAGGUCGAUAUGGACUUUACGAUGACCCUGUACCUGAGGCAUUACUGGAAGGAUGAGCGCCUCUCCUUUCCCAGUCAUACUAACAAAAGCAUGACUUUCGAUGGGAGGCUGGUGAAGAAGAUCUGGGUGCCAGAUGUCUUCUUCGUUCACUCAAAAAGAUCCUUCAUUCAUGACACAACCACUGACAACAUCAUGCUGCGGGUGUUCCCAGAUGGCCAUGUGCUCUAUAGUAUGAGGAUCACGGUUACAGCCAUGUGCAACAUGGACUUCAGCCGAUUUCCGCUAGAUUCGCAGACUUGUACUCUGGAGCUCGAAAGCUAUGCUUACACAGAUGAAGAUCUGAUGCUGUACUGGAAAAAUGGGAAUGAAUCUCUAAAAACAGAUGAGAAAAUCUCAUUGUCUCAGUUCUUGAUACAAAAAUUUCAUACAACCUCCAGACUCGCUUUCUAUAGUAGCACUGGUUGGUACAAUCGCUUGUACAUUAACUUCACGUUACGUCGCCACAUCUUUUUCUUUUUGCUGCAAACAUAUUUUCCAGCCACACUCAUGGUCAUGCUAUCUUGGGUGUCAUUCUGGAUCGAUCGCAGGGCUGUGCCUGCUAGAGUAUCAUUAGGGAUCACAACGGUGCUGACCAUGUCUACCAUCAUCACGGGUGUCAAUGCCUCCAUGCCUCGAGUUUCCUACAUCAAGGCUGUGGACAUUUACCUCUGGGUCAGUUUUGUGUUCGUCUUCCUUUCGGUGAUAGAGUACGCAGCCGUGAACUACCUGACCACUGUGCAAGAGCGAAAGCAGAGGAAGCUGCGAGAAAAGAGCAUGCAAGCUGACUCCGAAUCCCUGACACCACAAAAGCAGGAGUUGGUGAUAGUAGGAACAACAGAGGGAAGGAAACUAAGAUCAGAACUGGGGAAGUCUGCAACCUGGGACUUUGGCAAAGACAAUAUAGGGAGGUUUCCAUGCACGUGUGGAAUACCUUCUACAAAAACUAUGAUGCUGGAUGGUAUUUACAGUGAAUCGGAUACCAAUAGCCUAGAAGGAUACCCAAGAGGCCAGAUGGUGGCUGAGGAGGAUAAGCAAGACAAGAUGGUGGUCCAUUUGGCCCUGAAUAAUGAGUCUAACUCAUCAAGGAAGAAAGGGCUGAAGGGACAUGUUAGCCUCCGUAUCAUGCAAAACACACACGCCAUUGACAAAUACUCCAGAGUAAUAUUUCCAGGCACCUAUAUAUUUUUUAAUUUAAUAUACUGGUCUGUCUUUUGCUGAAUAUGCUAAGGCAGUGAUUUUCCCAGGAGAUACUUUAAAGACUAUUGUGAUUUUUGAGGCUUUUUGGCCUCAGAGAGAGAAAGCAAUCCCAUCCUGUUGCACCUUUGGAGUGUGUUUUGGAAAGGAGGCACUGUAGCACACAAUGCUAUUUGGAGACCGUUCACCUGUGCCAGUUAAUUUAGGCUUCCCAUUCCUUUGUUAAUUUUUGAUAGUCUUGACUUUCAUACUUGAAAACAUCCACCUGUUGGCUUUGGAUCUCUGUCACUGCAUGUGUCUUUUACAAGUGGAUGCUGGCAAUAGGAUGGCCAGAUCUACACUUUUAAAAGGGAUCUGGAGUAGAUUUGGGGUUUGCUAUGAAAUGUUGAAAUCAAGGGAAACUGCUACACCCUUAAGGGGAAUGUGGUGGUUUUUAUUAUAAGGGGUAGCAAGCUGACACCUGUAGGGUUUGUUUUGCAACUACUAUGGACAAACCACCCAAGAUAAUCUGCCUGAUAAGAAAAAGGGGCUUCAUAUGGUGACUGAAACUGUCUUAAAAAGAGCAGGUUUUCUUAGGAUGCUGUUUAAGAAGGCUGCUUUUUACAAGUGAGGUUGCACAUGAUAGCUGGGUAUCCCAGUGUAUUUCCACAAGCACUUUUUACCUUUCUUCCCUCCUCACAAACUCCUGUAUGUUGCAGGAGGAAAGUUACACCCCCCCCAUCUUUAUAAUGUUCCCUGUACAUGGGAACAAAUUCAGUCAGGGGUUAUACAUCUUCUAGGCAUUCAGUGGACUAAAUGCUAUUGUCUUUUUGGGGAGUAGGGCUGCCUAGGUGAACAUAAAGGAUUAUUUCUUGCAACAUAAGGCUCAGGUUUAGGCAUGGCCCACAAAGCUCUACAUUUUGGUACUCUGGUUUUUCUUAUUUAUUUGAAUUAGAGAUAAAUAACACUGGAAAUAUGAACCUGAAGCUCAUUCUGAAUGCAAAAACAGCAAAGAGUGGUGCCUUAAAGGUGAACAGGGUUGUUGCGACAUGACAUUUUGGGGGCUCAUUUUUGUCAGGUGUAGGAAAUGCUAUCUUCAGUUAUGUAAUAUGCACACAUAGGAACACAUACAGAGAAAAAAAAAUUUAUAGACAAUAAUUCUGGGCUUUUCUUAAAGGAGGAAAUAUAUAAUGAAGACUCCCAUGUAAAUAUUAAGAGGGGGAUAUCAAAAGCUGGGAACCAUGCAGGAAAUGGAGCAGAGAAGUAUCAGAUACAUUAUCUUCGUUACUUUGCAAUAUGUAGGUACCCCACUCCAGAGAUCCUUGUUUGAAGUAGUAAGAAAGGACAAAGGGGAAUCCUGGAAUUAAUCUCCACACCCCUCAGCAGAUAUUAGAAGCUUGUCAGAACUGACAACAUUAACCAACCAGUUGUGUAUGCAACCUUGUGUGCUGGUCCUGAUUUUCCCCCAUGCUGCAAUAUUUUACACAUGUGCAGGAUUGUACAAAGAAGGGCAAUUCACAAACAGAAGCUCAUUUCUAUAUGUAAUUCAUUCUCUCAGUUAAGUGGGUAUAGGGUUGUAGCUGCACCACAUUGUGCCUUAGUUUCCCCAUCUGUAAAAUAGGGGGUGAUGAACUAGCCUACCUCACAGGAGUGUUUUGAAAGCUUGACUGACUAAGAAUGAUUGCUAAGACAUUUCAGAUUCUUUUUUAAGGCCCAGUGUAAAUGUAGGGUGUUAUUUUUAUAAUGAAUAUACAGGGCCAUAGCUGUCAAUCCUAUUCAGAAUAAGGGAAUUUCCCUUAAAAAAAGGAAAACGUUGACAGCUAUGAUAGAGGCACAGUUUGCAUAUCACAGUAGGCCAUAAUAAUUAAAGGUUUGUGGUGAACAUAGCAAUCUGGGCUGUCUUGCUCCAUUCCCUGCUAAUGCAUAGAGGAUGCAAACCUAAAUCCCUGGCAUAACAUUAUGUCUGAACCAGGGAUCGUGGUUUAUUCCUGACCAGCCAAGUACAAAACCUGGCUUACCAUCAUGAUUUGUUUAGAGCAGCAGUGGCCUUCAAAGUGGUUUGGUGCUGCUUACCUGGCUUCCCAACAUGGAGGUCACCGCGUGGAGGGUCAAGACAGCUGACAGGUUGGUGCAGUGAAAGGACAAAUCUGAUUCUCACUGACCUCCCUGCUGCUUCUCCCAUCUCCUUUUCAGUUACCAUCAACAAUCUCUGUGUUGGUAAGCCAUCCUGUUCUGCCCCUGCUGACUGCCGUGGUUUUGAGUGAAACAAAUAAUGAUCCCUGGGUUUUAUGUAGUGCUAAGCCAGAGACCAUGGUUUGUUUCUCCCCAGCACUAUGGGAGAGAAGAGCAGGUGUAAUUGAUUCAUGCUCAGUAAACCAUGGUUCUGGUUUACUGUGAAGUGCAGAUGUGGUCAGUGUAACUUAACUAAGCAGCCUGCUGCUAAUUAGUACGUUAAUGCGAAGUAUAAAGAACUACCAGGAAAACUGGUUUCCUAUACAUCAGGCAUGUACAGUGGUGCCUCGCAAGAUGAAAUUAAUCCGUUCCGCGAGUCUCUUCGUCUUGCGGUU